ACGAUUGUACUUAAAUUUUUAAUGGAGUUUAAAAUGUGUGUUGCUGAUAUAAUAUCGCUAAUUAUUUUGUUAACCAUCUUUCAAAGUGCCGCGGAUGAGAUAAACCUCGCUACACUAGAUCAUCUUUUUAAGAUGGGCGAGCAGGCGAGCGGUUUGAGUGGUAAAGACGAGAUCGUGAUGUUUGUUGGUGCCACUGGCGUGGGUAAAAGCACUCUUUCCAAGUUCGUGCGCAAAGACGACUCGCUCACGAUUCAAGAAAACGAUCAGUUCGACUGCAUUUUCACCGACAAUGAGCAUCGGGUCGGCAGCAAUGACAGCAUGACUUCAAAAACUCUAUACCCCAACGUCGACCUCGACAACGAAACUAACAUUUUACUUGUGGACAUGCCUGGCUUUCAGGACACGCGCAGCCCUGAAUUCGACCUGGUCAGCACAUUUUUCAGCAAGAAAAUCGUGGACAACGUUAAACGGCUAAAGGUGGUGGUCGUGGAAAACUAUGCAAACCUUCUUCUCAACAACCAAAGGUCGGCGUUUACGACGGCCAUCAAGAACACGGCCAGCCUGCUCAAAGGAAACGUGGCAGCGUUCAGGGCCUCUGUUGGCUUGAUUGUGACUAAGGUGGACACCAGGCGAAACGAUGUCCACGUGGUUAACUCCGUCAGGGUGUUCCUGCAAAGGACCCGAGAGCACUUCCGCAGCCGAAACGACAGCAGGGACGAAUCAGAGUUGGUCGAUAGCAUCUUGCAGGGCGAACUCAUUGCAAUUUUCCGGCGCCCUGAAGAGGUCGGAGACCCCUGGGAGCUGGAAACCCUGAAAAAGAAUUACGUUGAACUGCGACAACUCAUAUUUGAGAAACUUGAGUUCUCCGCGCCGCUGAAGAAGUUACACUUCUCUUUGGUGCCGGAGACAAAGACAUUCGUGAAAGAUAAACGCAUCCUGCAAAAUACGCUCGCAAGAGUAAACCGGGGUCUGAAUUUAAUCCUCCAGAGGGUUGGGGCGAGUUUCCGAAGUGCUGUCAAUGACGAUUUUCGGCCAGAUGAGGCGUUUGUAAACGAGGCGAUGAAUUAUUCAUCCAAGGUGCAACUAGCUGUGGACCAAAUGGACACUCCCGCCAAAUUAGACUCUUUGUGCCGCGCACUCCACGUUAGUGUGAGACAGACCUUUUGGGCUGAUUUGGAAAUUACGAUGCAGCAAAUCGCUUUUUUUGAUGAGGUACUGGAUAAAAACGACAGCUCUGCUGAAUCCAUGUUGGCAAAGUGGAAGGAGCAAUUCCGCGAUGAAGUGCGGUCCGUGCGCAGCAUUCUCUCCCUUUAUUCGAGUUUGGUCUCCGAUUUCGACUCGUACCCAAUCCAUACGGCUGACGCAGCGGCCAAACUCCACAAAUUAGCAUUGAGCUUCUCAAGGUUCAAGUCGCAACUCAAAACCCUCGGGUUUAGCAACAAAACAGUCAGAGCAGCGUCGUCAGUGUUAACUGACGAUUCAAGCACCCAACUCAAGUGGUCUUUGCAGAAGUUUAUUGCCACUUUUGCUGAAAACAAUUCAACCUUCAGGGAAUACAGAAACAUUGGCACUUUCGAGGGAAGGUACAUCACCCUGAGCAGGAUCGCCCAAAGAAUGGAAUUAAGCCGCGACUUGAACACAUUCUGCGUCGUCGCCACGCGGAAAAUCUUCAUUGACUGUGAUCUGCACCUGGAAGACGUGCACCUGGUCCUGAUAGCGCCAGUCGUGCAAGUGAUCGGCGACAGGUCGAUCAGGCUGACGGGCUCCGACGGCGCACCGCACUCGGCUGCCAAAGCGUCCAACGCGACCUUUUUCUGGAGUAGGGAGCAGGGACGAGCGGGGGCUGCCGGCAACCCCGGAUUCAGGUCGGGGGAUUUCCACCUGCUGGCCGUGGAGGUAGAAAACGCACACCUACUCAGGGUCAGCAGCAGAGGUGGUGGCGGCGGACAAGGCCAGACGGGCGGUGACGGCUGGAGUACGCCGCCGAGACCCUUCCCAUCCGAGCUCAAAUUCGGCGGAUCCUUGCGCACCCUGAAUGGUCAGUGCGGCAUGGCCAGGUUGCACUACGCCGAGGUGAGGCUGCAAGAGGUCAAGGAGUGGGUUGAAAGCCUGCCCCUGCUGUUGUACAACCAGUUCGACGCCUACAAGACCGUGUACAUCACUGUCUACAACCGAGCAAACGAGUCGGCCACCAAUGGCGGCGACGGCGGCGCCGCUGGCGCUGCGGCGCUGCCCGGCGAGGUGGUCCUCAAUGUCGCACGUGCCCACACAGCCCGCAAUGCCAAACUCAUAAGGGAGAACGGCGCCCAAGGAGCUGUCGGGGCUGGCGGCAGGCCCGGCAGUAAUGCAGGCAGCUGCUCAUACAGGUUGUACGAGUGUGAGUGGCACCGCGGAGCCAAGUGGAUUUUGUUCAUGAGCGUGCGAGAGCAGGAGAACAUGUACUACUGUUGGAGCAACAGCACCGGCUACUGCGCCAGCCUUCUGCCGGAAGCGUACCCUGGCAGACAGGGUAACCAGACCGAGCUGCAGUCCUCGCAGUAUAAGAACGGACCUCUGCAGCUUGGCGCCGCGCUUCAGGCCGCUUGCCUCAGGAUGGCCGCCUUUGCUGAAGCAAGACAGCUCCUCCAGCAUGUCUUGUCCACGCACUUCUUCCACUAUGGCGACGCCCUGAAUCGAGCCAUCCAAACGGAGGAAACACUUCUCAAAGCUCGAUUUGCGUUUCAAAUUCUCUAAAGAAAUAUUUAUAAUUUAAAAAUGUCACCUAUCCUGUACUCUUUGAAGUUUAAGUGACAAUAAUAUAUUGAACAGCGAAUGAUAUUUAUUUUUACGUUACUUUUACAGUUCCUUCUUAAGUUUUAGACCUUAAGAGAGAGCACUAAAAAUUUGAUUUUCAUACUGUAAUUUUUAACUGUACCGUUGCCUAUAAAAUUGUUCAAAAUUAAUUCCUUUUAUCCUCGCUUCAUACACGAAUAAUUUAUCGACAGACAAAUCCAAAAAUUAUACAUAUAGUUUGUAAAAAGAGCUCUCGACUCAAUUUUGAUGUUAAUAAUAAUAAUAAUAGGUGUUUUUGCUAUUGA